GUAAUGCUUUCAAGUUUUUUCAGUCGCUAUUUUCUGGUUCGGUGUUUUUUUCAUGUAUUUAAUGGAUAGGUGCUUAAUUUUUUAGCUUAAUUGACCUGAAUCGGUUUUUAUAGUAUUUUUAUUUUAGGUUUUAUAGUUCUUUAUUUUACAAGCAUGUCUUUUCAAUAUGUUACCAUCUACUACGGGCCUUGCGAUUCCUUUCAUACGGUUACUCAUAAACCACAGAAGCUACGAGGACUGAAAGAUCGGCUUCAAAAGCUCGGAUAUAGAGUCGACCUCGUGCCAGUUCUCUUCAUAAAUUACUGCAUGUUGGAGAUAUGUGGACACGAGGUAUUCCGCUGCAACAUCCAGAACCUUUCAUUCAACACACCCCACUACCUGGAUCCAGUCUGCCAACGAGCUAUCGUAGCGUGCCAAAAUGCCACAGCCAAGCUGCUCCGCGCUCGCAACUACCUGUGGUUCUUUCGUCUCAUCGAAGACCAGAUCUUCAAUCGGUCACCGUACUCCCCCACGGACUACUGGCCGCUGCAGACGACGGAGCUGGAGCCAUUUGCCACGUGCCUGGAUUGUGUUAAGUGUUGUGGGAUACUUGCACGGAAAAAGGAAUAAAUAUCCUAACAUUA